AUGGCAGAAGGCUCAGUACCCAAUCCCCGUUUUGACAUCCCCCCUAAGAGGGCCAAAGUCACCAAGGACCAGGUUGUUCCAGACAAGAUGGCUUCAACGCAGGAACCCACGCCACCAGUUUUCAACCGUAAACUCCGCAAGGCAGCGGUAGGAACGGGCUGUGAUAUCCGUCUGAGGGUGUCAGUAGCAGGAUUUCCAAAACCUUCACUGGCCUGGUACCACAAUGAGAAGCUCCUUCCUCCAUCUGAAGCCCAGGACUCAGGGGGCCUGUGGAUACGCGACUGCCGCACCAGUGAUGCUGGCUUGUAUACCUGCGUGGCUACCAAUGAGUCAGGAGAGGCGAGCUGCAGUGCCGUCUUGGCUGUUAUGGACCUCGGAGAAGACUCUGAGACCACAGAGGAUGAGACCACAGAACCUCAGAUGGAAACCAAAGAGGGGCCCGGGAGGCACCAAGAUAAGGCUGGCCGGAGAGGACCUUCAGGUGAGGGAGGCAGGAUGAUGGACUAUAACCCAGAUGCUUCAGAUCGCAGGGCCACCCUCCCAGGCGCCUAUGAUCCUGUCGUGGAGCGAGAGCUCCGGGCUUUGGGCUCACGCCCUCCAGGGCCUCACUUGGACCCAACAAACCAAGCCAGGACUCAAUCUGCUGACGAAUCAAAGGGGCUCUCCUCCCGCGUCCCCAGUACACACAAAACCGCCAUAAGUACCCCAAACCAAGACCUUGAUAAAAAACCUUCAGAUGCCCAUAUCCAGUCCUCUAAGACAGAGCAGGCAUCUAGUGUUAACAAUGUUGUCAUGACACCCAAAAUGGCUCGUGCAGGGCCCAAGAUCUCUGACAAGGUCCGGGCUUUUGAGGAGCGAAGAUCGAGCGUGGACCUGCCUGGAGCAUCUGUUUCAGGAUUGGGACGGGCAGCUUCCUGCGAAUCCGAUGACAGUGGGAAGAAGGCAGUCGGCCCAGGCAAAGAGGAGGGUCGCGUCCAGCACGAUGCUGCCCAGAAGCGAACAGCGUUCAAGCAACGGGCCUCCUCAUGGGAGGACAAAACAAGCUACUCCCAGAGGGUCCAGAGCUACCAGAGCAAGUUCACCGAAGAGCUCCAGAGGAUCAAGAAGCUCGUUGGGAAACCGAGCUUGAAGAAGGCAUAUUCCACUGAGCAGCUGACACAGAAAGACAGGCUGACCACAAGGAAGCUAGAACCCAUCCCUCCCCAAGUGGUUAAAAAGUUGGAGGCAAGGGAGCAAGCUCUGGAGGGAAGAAAAGUUGGAGAGAGGGAAGGGGAGAGCAGAUUGCUGGUUUUUCAGCAGGCCAGAGGCAAUGAUCUGGGGAAUCAAAGCAACAACCUUGAAAGGGAUAAGAUGACACAGCCAGAUUCACAGGGGAAACCACUGGAUAGCUCAUCACAAGGAAGCACAGGGAAAAUCUCUGUAACCAUGGAGACGGCACCAGUUCACCAGUUACCAGGGCAACCAUUGCCAACAGCCACAAGGACAAGACUCACCAGGGAAACCCCACAAAGCUCUCCGACAGAUGACAAAGACGUUCUUGUUGCCACGUCACAACAACCCUCAUCCUCUCCCAGAGACCAGGGAACAAAUGCAAAGAGGGACACCAAAAUGGAAAACAAAGCCGACCACAGAUCACCCAGCCCGACAGUGAUGAGAGUGUUCCCGGUAACAGCAAGGGAACCAGGGUUCCAGUGUCCACCCAAACCACCUCGGCUCGCGCCGUCGCCCACCCCUUCCGUCAGCCCUCUCCUGAAAAGGAGGAAGGCGGAGGUGGGGCGAACGUCUCCUGCCUUGAAAAUGACCAUUCCCACUCUCCUGGUGGAGGAUGAACCCAUGGAGACAGAAUGUGCUGCGGACAGGAGCAAUGAGAGAAACCAGGGCAGGAGGAAGGAGGGGAGAGGUCGCAAGAGCAAGAAAGGCCGGUCUGCUCAACCCAGGUCACCAGAUGAAGGCGGCUCAUCUGAUGACUCCUACAUGUCUGCUGAUGAGGAGGCAGCUGAGAGCCCGGGGUUCGAGAGGCCUCUUGAGGACACUGUGACACCCAGCGGCUCCGAGGUCACGCUGAGGUGCAUCAUCACUGGCAGCCCUCCACCCACAGUAACAUGGAAGAAGAAUAAUGUAGAGAUACGGAGCGAUGCCUUCCAUGUGGUUAAAGCUGAGGGUGAGAGGCACAGUCUGGUGAUAAAGCAGAUGAGGCCGAACAACGCGGGGUCGUACUGUGUCACAGCUGUCAACACCGCGGGCAGAGCAUCCUGCAGCGCCGUGCUCUCCAUCCAAUCAGAGAUGACCCACAUUCAAUGUGGGAAACCAGCCGGGCCGUUGGAAGUCAGUGGUCCCAUCCAGUCUGAUGAGGAGUACCUGAACCCUCAGGAGGAGGUGAUGGAGGUCGGGGACUUGCCUGCUCUGACUAAAAGUGUCCGCUUUAAAGAGCCUCCCUUUUUUCAGGUGGCACCAUGUGACCAGGGGGUAACUGAAGGUCAAGAUGUUGUCAUCUCGGUGAAAGUCAGAGGGCAGCCCAAACCUAUGGUUUACUGGUUGAAGGACAGAGUCACAGUAAAGACGGCGGGGCGCUUUGCUUUGCGAGAGACAGACGAUGGCACCGGUGAAAUGAGAAUCAGCUCAGCUCAGAGGUCUGACGCCGGACUGUACGUCUGCAAGAUCAUCAACGAGUAUGGAACCAAGCAGGUCGAGUGCAGAGUGGAGGUCAAAGGACGAACAGCGCUGAAAAUCACCAUCGAGGUGACAGAUGUGGUGGUGAGGGCCGGAGAGUCGGCCAUGUUCGAGUGUCACAUUACAGGACCCCCAGAUGUCGAUGUGGAUUGGUUGUCCAAUGGGAAGCUGAUCCAGCCGGCGCUGCUCAACUGCAAGAUGCACUUUGACGGCAAGAGGUGCCGUCUCCUGCUGAAUUCAGUACAUGAGGAUGAUAGUGGGACAUACACUUGCAAGCUGAGCACUGCCAAAGAGGAGUUGACCUCAAGUGCGAGCCUUCAGGUCACUCCAUCCAGAGAGCCUCUGUUCACCCGCAAACUAGACAUCCUGGAGGUGAUAGAAGGCCGCACCGCCCGUUUUGACUGCAAAGUGAGUGGAUCGCCUCCUCCUCGAGUCACCUGGAUGCAUUUUGAGACGCGAGUGGAGGAAAGCGAUAAUGUUCACGUCCUCAAAGAAGGGGGUCGUCACCUGCUUGUCAUCAGCCACGUUAGCAGCGACACCGAGGGCUUCUACACCGCCGUCGCUCAAAACGUUCACGGGAAGUCUGAAUGCACCGCUGAGCUCUACAUGCAAGAACCCCGAGCUGCCAUCUCCUCGCCCAUGGCCAAGUUGGAGAAGAUGCCCUCCAUCCCUGAGGAGCCUGAAGAGAGUGAAGUGGAGAGGAGGACCAUGCCAGAUUUUGUCAAACCUCUGGCUGAUGUGGAAGUGAAUGAAGGCAAAGAGGUGGUGUUGAAAUGCAAGGUGGCGGGCCUGCCUUACCCAACCAUCGCCUGGUACCACAACGGCAAGCCUAUCGAGAGCAGCGAAGAACGCAAAAUGACCCAGCACAGGGAUGUCCACAAUCUGGUCAUUCGGAGCGCUUGUCACGCUCACGGGGGCGUCUACAAGGCCGUCAUCGCCAACAAAGUGGGCAAAGCUGCCUGCUAUGCACACCUAUAUGUCACAGAUAUUGUUCCUGAUCCGCCUGAUGGUCCUCCAGUGAUAGAGGCCAUUACAGGGAAAACUAUUAGCCUCAGCUGGAAGAAACCAAAAAAGCUUGAUUCUUCACUUGACACUGGCUCCUUGCUGUAUGUGGUUCAGCAGCAGCCUCUCGGAUCUAUCCAGUGGUCUGUCGUAGCGACAAACCUGAGGGAAGCUAACUACACCGUCACCUCCCUGUCCAAAGGAGUCCGCUACGCUUUCAGAGUCCUGACGUCUACUGGCAAGACAUUAAGCAAACCGUCACCUUCCACUGACCUGGUCCAGCUCCUGGACAGAGGACCCUAUUUGAGGAAAGCACCAAUCAUCACAGACAAACCUGACAUUGUCUACGUGGUUGAGAACCAACCUGCGAGCAUCACCAUCACACUGAACCAUGUGCAUGCAGUUGUCACCUGGAAAAGGAGGGGAGUGGUAUUAGUCAACAGACCGGGGAUGUAUGAGAUGAGCAUGCCUGACGAUGAUCAACAUACCCUAAAGCUUCAGCGGGUCAGGACCACUGACAUUGGCCAACUGGUGGUCACCGCUAGCAACCAGUUUGGCAGCGACCUCUGCACACUUCAGCUCGCUAUGGCAGUGCCUCCUAAGUUUGAAACCAUCAUGGAGGAUGUGGAUGUGCAUGUUGGGGAGAUGUCCCGUCUGGCUGUUGUGGUUGAAGGGAAACCUGACACGGACAUUCUGUGGUAUAAGGAUGACGUGCUUCUAUCUGAGAGCAGCCACUUCACAUUUGUAUACGACGACCCGGAAUAUUCUCUUGUGAUCCUCAACGCCCAGCCCGAACACUCCGGCGUGUACACCUGCACCGCGAAGAACCUGGCCGGCUCCAACUCCUGCAAGGCUGAGCUCACUGUUCACACAGAACGAAAAGAAGCAGAGGAACCAAUGGAAGACGAAGGAACCAUUCUGAGGAAAAUGAGGCGUUUGACAGAUUACUAUGAUAUCCACAAAGAGAUAGGAAGGGGGGCCUUCUCCUAUGUGAAGAGGGUGAAUCAGAAGAAGGGCAAGACCGAGUUGGCUGCCAAGUUCAUUUCUGCACGAGGAAAGAGGAAAGCGUUGGCCCUGAGAGAGAUGGACCUGCUGUCUGAGCUGGAUAACGAGAGGAUUCUCUAUUUCCACGAUGCCUUUGAGAAGAAGAACGUGGUGGUGCUCAUAACAGAAUUAUGUCAUGAGGAGAUGCUGGAAAGAAUGGCCAAAAAAACAACAGUCAUGGAAUUGGAGAUCCGCUCUAGUGUUCAGCAGGUGUUGGAGGGUCUUCGUUAUCUUCACGAGAAAAACAUUGCCCACCUUGACAUAAAGCCAGAAAACAUUUUAAUGUCAAGUCCUGGCGGUGACCAGAUUCGCAUAUGCGACUUUGGGAAUGCCGUCAAAUUGGAGUCGUCCGAGGGGCACUACUGCAAAUACGGCACGCCAGAAUAUGUUGCACCAGAGAUUGUUAACCAAACUCCUGUCUCCACGGCAACAGACAUAUGGUCUGUUGGUGUCAUCACUUAUCUCUGCCUGACAGGUGUGUCUCCCUUUGCUGGUGAAAAUGACAGAGCCUCUGCAUUAAACAUUCGGAACUACAAUGUGGCGUUUGAGGAGAGCAUGUUUUCUGACCUCUGCAAAGAAGCAAAGGGAUUUGUCAUCAAGCUUUUGGUGGUGGACAGACUGAGGCCCAGUGCUGUUGAGUGCCUUCGUCAUCCUUGGUUCAAGUCACCAACAAAUAAGAGCAUCAACACAGCAAUGCUAAAGCAAGUUUUGUCGAGAAGGCGAUGGCAGCGGUCCCUUAUCAGCUACAAAUCCAAGAUGGUGAUGCGGUCCAUCCCAGAACUCCUGAAUGACUCAUCCAGCCACGUCUCCGUUGCUGUGGCCCGGCAUUUAAAAGAAGGCUCCCCACCUCCCUCCUCUUCCUCGGAUUCAGAUGCUGAUGUAGAUGAGCUUCCUUUCAUUCCUAUGCCACUGUCCAUGGUCUUCUCUGGUUCCAGGGUCUCCCUUAAUGAGAUCCCAGGGGACGAAGACGUCACUGCAUGGCCUGGUGUUGCUGCUGGCGGGACGAGUAGAAAGGACAACAUGGAGGUUGCAGGCACAAGAGGAGGGGUUAGUAAAAGAGGAGAUGAUGAUAAAACUGUGAAUGAGGACAACAUGGAAACCACAAAACGAGCUCCCCUUAAAAAAGGAUCAAGUGUAGAGUCAGACGAGUCGCAGACAAAAUCAAGGAGGGCUACCAUGAGGAGAGGCAGCUCUGCUGAUUCAGCACUGCUUCUCCACAUUGACCCAGAAGAGGGAAAUGCCGAUAAUGAUUCAGAAGCAAGUAACAAGAGCCUGAAAAAGGCUGUUUCUAUGGAACUACCCAAUCGAAGCCCAAGCCCAGGGGUAGCAACGUUAAGCCAGGAGGAUUAUGCUCUAAAACUGGAGCUGAUGAGACAGCGGCUGCUCAGGGGAGGGAAUGUGGAUAAGAAGAUGAGCGGCCUGCGAGGGCCCUUGUUUGAAACACUCGGCAUGGAUGAUGAGAGGCGGACGGGGUCUCUUGAUCGGAAUUUGAGGAGAUCCAGAGCGGGGCCAUCAACACUCACAAGAGCAGCGUCUUCUGAGAGUCCUGGAGAGGACACGCCAAAGACCAAAGUUUUUCGGAAAAGCGCCUCCUUCACUCAGGAGGAUUCUGAGCCCAUGCCCCUGCACCGCAGGUUCGGAGCCCCCUUAGAAAUCCCAUCAGUGAGCAAUGGUAGUAUAGAAGGGAAGAAGCUUAAGGAGGCAGUCUCAAUGUCUGCACUAACAGAACAAAUAACACUGGAGUCUACAUCUGCCUCGCCCACAGAGCACACUUCCUUUAUACUCCCAACACCAGGAAGAGCGGACCAACAGAAAAAACAGAGCAAUGUGAAAAAACAUGAGGAUAUGCAAAGUAUGAAUGAGAAGAACAUAGAGGGGAAAACAGAGAAAAGGACCAACAAUAAAGUAGAAUCUGAAUCUAGAUCACCCGCUGUAAUUACUCCAAUAAUUGUAAUAGAGGAAGAUGAUGAUGAAGAGGAGAAGAGAGCUCAGGAGUUACAUAUUAAUGAGGCGAAUGUGAAAGGAGACAGGAAAGCAUCACAAAAUAGUAAACCAUCAACUCCCACAGACAGCCCCUCGUUACCUGAACAUCCAGCAGUAUUUGCUAAAGUAGCCACCUCUGACCGAACUCCUGGUUCUCCGUCCACAUCAUCAAACCCUGACCUCCCUGCCAUGCCUCGGCAGCCUGUGCUCAGAACAGACAUCAAAGACAUCGAUUCAGAGGAGGUCUUUGAAGCCAGGUUUAAGAAGCGUGAAUCUUCUUUGACCCGUGGCCUCCGAAAACUGACCAGAAACAAAUCAGAGGAGAAAUCACCUGUACUAAGCCGGAAGAUGGCAGAGGGGGGCGAAGAGGUUUACAGGCCGGGUGCAAGAGGAGCACCUAUUGAAAUGGUAUCCAAAGGACUGCAGGAGAAAUCCAAAUCUAUUCAAGACUUGAGGGGUGAAAUGGAUAAAGAGCAAGGCCUUGGACUUAUUGGAAGGUUUUCCAUGCGGACCAAGAGGUCAACAUCCGUUGAUAAAAAGGGGGAUAAACCAAAGGAGGAAAAGCAGCAGGAUGUGAAGCAAACUGCAGUAACUAAGAGGGUUUCUUGGGCUAUUGGUCGCAGCAAGUCUCUGGAUACAAAGGAGUUGAGCAGCGCUGAGGCACAGAGGCAGUCGGAUGAGAGAGAGCAAAAGAAAGCUGAGGAAUCAUCUGUUUCUGCUAUGAGGCGCAAGUUUGAGUCCAAAGUGGCAGGAAUCUCUGCCAAAAUAAGGACCCACUCAGAGGAGAGGAAGGAUAAAGAUGCUGAGGGAAGUCAGAAAGAAUUGGUGCAAAAGGAUUUGAGGAAGGUCACAGAUUCCCCCGUCUUGGCAAUGCGACAGAAGUUUGAGAACAAAGUGUCUGGAAUAACCACAAAACUCCGCAGUCAGUCUGAGGAGAGAAAAGGGGAAGCCGAGGAAAAGAGGACGCCCCUGUUUACCCGCCAUCGUCAUUCCCAAUCCGAGGGACGUGGACUGAAAGGAAUGGGCAUCCCCGAAAAUCAGCUCGCGAAGCAGACAGGUGCCGGUGCAUCAAAGGAAUCAAUCGAAUCUACUUCUAGCAUGCAUUCCGAAAAAGCCCAAGAGAGCGACAGGCGAUCACGGUGGGACAGGUGGGGUUUGACAAGAAACAAGAAAGAUAAAACUUCCUCCCAGUCCGACCUCCCUGCAUCUGUCCCCAAAGAGGAGGGUCUGUCAAACUCUCAGAAGAACCUACGCACUGUUUCGGAUUUUGCCCCCGUGUUCCACAUCAAACUCAAAGACCACAUCCUGCUCGAGGGAGAUCCAGUCACUCUGAGCUGCCUCCCAGCUGGCAGUCCACAUCCAGACAUUUCAUGGAUGAAAGAUCGUAAACCACUGGAGGCAGAUGACAGAAUCAACCUGAUCUCCCCUCCAGAUGGAAGGCAGCUUCUUAUUAUCAAAAAGUCCAGCCGAAAGGACACUGGAGUUUAUGAAUGUGUAGCCACCAACACCAUCGCUACCAUCACCACCUCCUGUACACUGUCUAUAGCUUGUGUUCCAAAAAGGCCAGGGACCCCUGAAGUCCCUCAGACUUACAACAACACAGCCCUGGUGCUCUGGAAACCAGCAGACACUAAACCACCAUGCAGUUACACCCUGGAAAGAAAGACAGAGGGAGAUAUUAAGUGGAUGACUGUAGCUACUGGGGUGGUCGACUGCUACUACAACACCACCGACCUCCUACCAGGUGCCACCUUUAGGUUCCGCGUGUCCUGCGUCAACAAGGCUGGACAGGGGCCGUACAGCAACAUCUCUGCUCCAGUCAGGCUGGAACCAGAAGCUGGAGCAGCUUUACCGACUGUGGCAGUAGUAAGAACAGUCCCACCUCCUCAACCAGUGGUUACCUCCCCAGUACCCUUCCCUCCUCUCAAACCAGUCCAGAACAACGCUCCCAGGAUAACAGUCUCCACCAUCACCCCCACCUCUACCUCUCCAAAAGGUGUAACCUCACCUGUUGCUUUCUCUCAUCCAAAUGCUUCACCUUCGUCCCAUGUGCCCUCCACCCCUGAAAUCAACCCCUCAUCGCCAUCUGCAGCCACCACACCUGAGGAGGCUCCAGCAAUAAGCUCCAACCUUCCAUCGUCACCCACAGUCAAAGGGGCCCCACCCUUCGUCCUGCCUAAACCCCAGAGUCCAGUGAAUGUGGUGUCACCUAUGACCCAGACCCCAAUCAAAGCACCACCAACCACUCUUGUAACCCCGCCUUCAACCCCCACCAAACCAGCAGUGGCCUCUGUGCCCUCUUAUGUCCCCACCACUGCUCGUGUGACCCCCACUGCCAUCUCCUUUUCCCCUCAAGUGCUCCAAGCAUCCAGCCUGAGCCCCUUCGGUGAAGGGGUCAGUACUCCCACCAGAGGAACCCCAUCAGGACGUGCUACACCCUCCACUGCCCUACGCCAAGGGGUUCCACAAAAACCCUACACCUUCCUAGAUGAAAAAGCCAGGGGCCGUUUUGGAGUCAUUCGCGAGUGCAGGGAGAACACGACGGGCAAAAUCUACAUCGCAAAGAUCGUUCCCCACAACCAGGAGAACAAGCAGCAAGUCCUGAAGGAGUAUGAGAUCCUGAAAUCGCUCCACAAUGAAAAGGUCAUGGCUCUGCACGAGGCCUACGUCACACCACGCUACCUGGUGCUGGUGGCAGAGUACUGCACCGGCAAAGAGCUGCUGUACAGCCUCAUAGACAGGUUCCGUUACUCGGAGGACGACGUGGUGGGUUACCUGGUUCAGAUCCUUCAGGGAGUCGAGUAUAUCCACAGCCGCCGUAUCCUCCACCUGGACCUCAAGCCUGAAAACAUCAUUGUGACCAACCUCAACGCCAUCAAGAUCGUGGACUUUGGGAGCGCUCAGAGCUUCAACCCUCUCAGCCUCAAACACCAGGAUUUAGGAUUAGGAACACUGGAGUAUAUGGCUCCUGAGAUGGUGAAAGGUGAAGUAGUGGGUCCUCCUGCAGAUAUUUGGACUAUCGGAGUCGUCACCUACGUCAUGCUCAGUGGUCGGCUGCCCUUUGAAGAUAAAGACCUUCAACGUGUCGAGUCCAAGAUCCUGAUGGCAAAGUUUGACCCGACAAAACUGUACCCAAAUGUGUCACAAAGUGCCUCCGCCUUUGUAAAGAAGAUGCUGAGCAGUUACCCUUGGGCCCGUCCGACUACCAGGGACUGCUUUGUGCAAGCGUGGAUGCAGGACUCCUACCUGAUGAAGCUAAGGAGGCAGACUCUCACCUUCACCACCAACCGACUCAAAGAGUUCCUGGUGGAACAACAGUGCCGUCGCAGUGACGACGCCACCAAGCACAAGGUGAUGCUGCGCACCUACCAUAGCUCACCCCAGUCCCCGACGUCUGGGACUAAACCGCAUGUUCCCAGCCCGAAGUGAAAUAAACGGGGAACAGUGUUUGUUUCAGUUUGAAAUGCAGCACCAGACACAGGUUUGAAGAGUUGGA